AUGAGGAGAUUGUUUGCGAUUGCAUCGACGGGAAAGAGAUUUGCUCUUCAGAAAGGUAAACAUGGAACUGCUCCUUCUUCGUUUAGCCAUUGCGGUUUCUGGGUACGAGCUUUUUCUAGUGGUGGCAGUGAUGUUUACAGAGAAAAAUUGAGUAGAAAUGUGUUACAGGACAUUAAGUUAGACGAUGCAAUUGGUUUGUUCGGUGAGAUGGUCAAGUCUCGUCCUUUGCCUUCCAUUGUUUAUUUCAGUAAAUUUUUUACUACAAUUGCUAAGAUGAAGAAGUUUGAUCUUGUCAUCUCCUUUGGGGAGAAGAUGCAAAAUCUGGGAAUUUCACAUGAUCUCUUUACUUACAGUAUUUUCGUAAACUGUUUCUGCCACUCUUCUCAACUCUCUCUUGCUUUAGCUGUUCUUGGGAAGAUGAUGAAACUCGGCUAUGAGCCCAGCGUUGUCACACUUAACUCUCUGCUCAAUGGUUUCUGUCACGGGAAUAGGAUUACAGAUGUUGUAUCUCUUGUUGAUCAGAUGGUGGCAAUGGGAUUUCAACCAGAUACUGUUACAUUUACAACUCUUAUCCAUGGUCUUUUUCUCCACAACAAAGCAUCCGAGGCAGUGGCUUUAGUUGAACGUAUGUUUGUGAAAGGUUGUCAACCGAACCUAGUUACAUACGGUGUGGUAGUAAACGGAAUAUGUAAGAGAGCUGAUACUGAUUUGGCUUUAAGAUUGCUUAAGAAGAUGGAUGAAGGGAAAAUAAAGCAUGGCGUUGUAAUCUACAACACAGUCAUUGAUGCUCUUUGCAAAUACAAGCAUGUGAAUGAUGCACUUGACCUGUUCAAUGACAUGGAGAUCAAAGGAAUCAGACCAGAUGUUUUUACCUACAGCUGCCUCAUUAGUUGCCUUUGUAAUUACAGAAGAUGGGGUGAUGCCUCUCGGUUACUUGGUGAUAUGAUUGAAAGGGAUAUCAACCCAAACGCCGUUACUUUCAGCUCAUUGAUCGAUGCGUUUAUGAAGGAGGGGAAGCUUUUGCAGGCUGAAAUUUGUACAAUGAGAUGA